AUGACUGUAACAGAGACAGAUUUUGGAAACCUGUUGUGGAUCAUCAGUAUUGUUGGAGGGAACGUAGGAAACGUCUUUAGUGGCUUCAUCCUCCCAUUCAACCUUAUCAAUCCAGUUUGUUCUCUAUUAUGUAUGACAAGAUCUUCACCCGGGUUGCUGCAGCCACUUUUAGAAUCAAUGGAAGCUUUCUCAGAUUUGGACACUUUUUAUGUGAAAUCCUCAAACAUGGGAAAGGGAGAGGACUCCAGUAGAUGCUCUUCAGCUCCGGCAAAUAUCCACAUCGAAGUGCUCUAG